AUCGACAUGCUGCAGGCGGAGGUGACCGCCUUGAAGACACUGGUCAUCACGUCCACGCCCGCCUCUCCCAACCGCGAGCUGCACCCUCAGCUGCUGAGCCCUACCAAGGCCGGGCCCCGCAAGGGCCACUUGCGCCAUAAGAGCACCAGCAGCGCCCUCUGCCCCAUCGCGUGCCCUGCUGCAGGCCACAUCCUCACCCCGGACAAGGAAGGCAAAGAGGUAGACACCACCCUGUUUGCAGAGUUCCGGGCCUGGAGGGAGUCGCCCACCUUGGACAAGAACAGCCCCUUCCUGGGGAGGGUGUACCGCGAGGACGUGGGGCCCUGCCUGGACUUCACGGUGCAGGAGCUCUCGGCACUGGUGCGGGCUGCCGUGGAGGACAACACGCUCACCAUCGAGCCCGUGGCUUCGCACACCCCGCCCACAGUGAAGGCGCCCGCAGCUGAAUACGGCAGCACCAACACGUGUGCCCUGAGCGGGUUGGCCCGUGCCUGUCGCCACCGAAUCCGGCUCGGGGACUCCGAGAGUCACUACUACAUCUCGCCAUCGUCCCGGGCCAGGAUCACUGCUGUGUGCAACUUCUUCACCUACAUCCGCUACAUCCAGCAAGGCCUGGUGCGGCAGGACGAGCCCAUGUUCUGGGAGAUCACCAGGCUGCGGAAGGAGAUGUCGCUGGCCAAGCUGGGCUUCUUCCCCCAGGAGGCCUAGCCUGGCCCAGGACCGACGGGCGGACAGGAGGACGGUGCGGGAGCCAGCCCGGAGCCAGAAGCUGCACAGACGGACACACGGCCAGGCGAGGAGGCGUGCUGAGCCGGUCCCACGCGCCAUCCCAGGGAGACAGGACCUCACGGGAUGACCCUUCUCCCUUCCCAGUGGCACGGCCACCACGAGGCUGGAAGGCACCGAAGACCGAGGACCGGACCCGCACUCGGGGGCUCAGCUUUCGGGAGGGGACCCCCGGGGCGGCCGGCACCCUCCGCCCCAGUUCCGGGAGCUGCUGCCUGCAGGUGCCUGCGGCUGCUGGGCAGCCUGGUCUCCUGGUAUCGCCCACCCAGCUCCCAAGCCCUGCGCACCAGCACCCCCUUGUGGCCAUCCCUCGCCCCAUCCCAGUGCCCAUAGGGCAGUGGUGCUAGGAGGGGCCGCCAGGGACUUCCACGCCAGCUGGCACCUGCUUGAGAACUGCCUCCAAGUUCCUCCGAUGGACAAGGCCCCUCCCAUGUGACCUGCCCCUGCCCCUGCCCCUCUGAGCCCUGUGCUCCGGGAGGCACCGCCCCCACCGCCGCUGGAAGGACCGGGGCACUUUUCCCCCAAAGCAAAGCACAGCCAAGGCCUCAAGGCGCCAAGCCUGCUUUCAGCCGAGGGUGGCCCUUCAGACAGCACGGACUGAGGUCACCAAGCCCUGCCCGCAGGACAGGGGUGGGACAGGCAGGCCCCAGGCCCCCCUCACCCCUCACAGCCCAUUCAGGACCCGGCUACCACCUGGACACAUCCCUCACCACGUCCAGUUCCCGCCUCUGAAUGGAAUGCAGCGCAUCUCUAUUUAAUAAAGGAAGCCUUUGUUGGUA